AUGCCCGUCUCCGUCCCCUCCGCAGACUCCCUCACCGACCUCUUUAGCCUCAAAGGCAAGACGGUCAUCAUCACCGGCGCCUCCGGCCCCCGUGGCAUGGGCAUCGAAGCAGCCCGCGGCUGCGCCGAGAUGGGCGCCAACGUCGCCCUCACCUACAGCUCCAGGCCCGAAGGCGGCGAGAAAAAUGCCCGCGAAUUAUCCGAAAAGUACGGCAUCAAAGCCAAAGCCUACAAAUGCAACAUCGGCAAAUGGGAGGACGUCGAGAAGCUUGUCGCUGAUGUUAUUAAGGAGUUUGGCCAAAUCGAUGGGUUCGUGGCCAAUGCCGGCCGCACAGCAGACAAGGGUAUAUUGGAUGGCUCCGUGCAGGAUUGGGAGGAAGUUAUCCAGACCGAUUUGACGGGAACCUUCCACUGCGCCAAAGCCGUGGGACCCCAUUUCAAGUCUCGCGGAAAGGGCAGUUUCGUCAUCACGGCCAGUAUGUCGGGACACAUUGCAAACUUCCCGCAGGAACAGACAGCAUACAACGUCGCAAAGGCCGGGUGCAUUCACUUUGCGCGCUCGUUGGCCAACGAAUGGCGCGACUUUGCGCGUGUCAACUCCAUUUCUCCCGGCUAUAUUGAUACUGGAUUGUCGGACUUUGUGCCGCAGGAGACGCAGGAUUUGUGGAAUUCGAUGAUUCCGUUGGGACGAAAUGGGAAUGCAAAGGAACUCAAGGGGGCGUAUGUGUAUUUGAUCAGUGAUGCCAGCUCGUAUACCACAGGCGCAGAUAUUGUGAUUGAUGGAGGUUACACUGUGCGAUAA